CCAGCAACCCCUGACCUGUGGCAGCCCUGCACCCCUCGCCGCUCCGACGACGAGACCUCCCUGGCGUGCCCUCCCGGCGCCGUCGUGCCCGUGGCCGAGCCCGGCGCCGGCGCGUGCGCCUCGGGCCCGAGCGGCGCGCUGGCGCGCUGCGAGCGGGCGGCCCCCGGCGCCCGGCGAAGCCGGGGCGGCCUGCGGGCGUGCCGCGCCGCGGACGCGCUCUUCUUGCCGGCGGUGGCCCUGCGGAGCAGCUGCCGGGACCCCUGCCACUGGGCCAACCCGGAGGUGGGGUGGCGUCCCUGCGCCAGGCGAUCGGGGGCGCCUGGGGCCGCGCCUUCGCGGGGCCCGGAGUGCCGAGGCGAGGCGCCGCCGGGGGCGCGGACGGAGGCCGGGGACCUCUGGGCGGAGAGGGCCUGCAGGAGGAGGCGGGACAAGGAGAAGCGCAGGGCAGGCGCCCUGGAGGCCGCCGAGUGCCACCGGGCCCCGCAGCCGCUGAGCUCGGACGGCGACGGCGACGACGUCCCCGCGCAGUGCCUCCUGUCGCCGGAGGAGUCGCAGGCGAAGCGGGACCUGUACAACGAGCUCAACAAGCACUUCCUGGAGUGCUGGGACCACGAGGACCGGGCCCGGCGGCAGAAGGAGGCGGCCCGGCGCUCGCGGCAGGCGCGGCAGCAGGCGGCCGAGAAGCGCAAGGCGUGGGUGGAGCACGGCGCGCCCGGGGGCCCGCCCCGCCGGCGCAGGCGGCUCGCCGCCGCCGCGGCCGGCCACGGCGCAGCGGGCGCGCCGGCGGCCUUGCCGUGGCCCGCCGCCGCGGCCCCGCCCGCGCGCGGCGCGGCGGAG